CUCAGCAGGAAAGUGAGCUACGCCUUUACGUUCCCACCGGAAGUUUCAGCCUAUAAAACACCUGCUGCUACUAUGACUUUGCUUGAUUCCCUUCCACAAAAUCCAUUAUGUUUACUUCCCGCUCAAUCAUAUUUGUGCUACUUAGCUUCCUCGCUAGCACUGAUGCGUGUGUACAGUGCCCAGCCAAAAUGCAGGUCGACAGUAUUAACAUGUACAUAUUCGAUACCUUUGUAGACGACAAGAUCACAUUUUGCAUUUACAAUGGCAAGACUAGCGACGGAUCAGCAGUGUACUGUAAUUACACCGCGAAGGGGAAGAUUCAAGCUGGGAAUCAAUCUUGUCCGCGUGCAGCAAAUGUGUUGAAGGAUCGCUGCUCGUGAACGUGAUGUGAAGAGGUGGGGGAGGCGGGAUACAGGAGGAGCGAUAUUCAUUUGCGGACAGCCGGGUGUACGGAUUGCUCACUAAUCUGCGAGUCCACCACGUAAAUCACAAAUGCGCCAGACAUGAAUACCUUGG